UCGUUGGUUUACGUGUCGGCGGAGGAACGGCCGUGGUCGGGUGGUCCUCGCAACGCGCACCACGCUCGCACAAUCAGUCGGCAGACGUGGACGCGUAUCACGCGAUCUCUCGCGCGGCGCGGUUAUCGUGAUGGCCGAGCCUGAAACGCCGAGCAUCGUGCAUGUUGGUCAUCGUUAUACGUCCAUCGCACAGUCUCUCUAGUUCCGCGUACUGGAGUUGUCGGUGAACGAGUCCGAGACGUAGUGUUGCUUGUUGCGUUGCGUUCGAACAUUCGAAGCGUGAGCGUGCGAAGGAGCGAGGGAGUGUCGUCGUCGGACGGCUGUGUCGUAGUUUUUUUACACGAUAGCACGCAAUACCGCGGUCGAGUACGACCACGGUGAGUGAGAAAAGGAGAGGCGGCGAGGAAGAGAGAGAGAGAGAGAGAGAAAGAAAGAGAGAGAGAGAGAGAGAUAGAGUGAGAAAGAGAGCGAGCGAGCGAGCGAGGAUCGCGCGAGCGUCGAAAGUAACGAGUCAUCUACCGAUCCAAGAUGGCAGAACGUCAGGAGGGUGGUCCGAAGAAGAUCACCAUCAACGUGAAGACGCCGAAGGAGAAGCAGAGUGUGGAGAUCGAGGAGAAUGCGACUAUAAAGGACUUUAAGGAGGUAGUCUCGAAGAAGUUCAAUGCACAGGCCGAUCAGCUGUGUCUGAUCUUUGCCGGUAAAAUCAUGAAGGAUCACGAGACCCUCAGCACGCACAACAUCAAGGACGGCCUGGCGGUACACUUGGUGAUCAAGGCACCGCGCUCGGCCACUACGUCGAAUCAAGAGUCCACCUCGACUCCGAGACCUCAAGCUGAUGUGAAUGCUAGUCCAUUUGGUCUGGGCAGCUUAGGUGGAUUAAUGGGAUUGGAAUAUCUUGGCUUGGGAUCUGCUAAUUUCAUAGACUUGCAGCAAAGAAUGCAACGGGAGUUAUUGUCGAAUCCAGAAACGAUGCGCCAAGUGCUUGAUAAUCCUUUGGUCCAGAAUCUAAUGAACGAUCCGGAAAAUAUGCGUAAUCUGGUCACCGCCAACCCUCAGAUGCAAGAGUUGAUGCAACGAAACCCUGAAAUCAGUCACAUGCUGAACAACCCUGAACUGUUACGCCAAACCAUGGAACUAGCUCGUAAUCCGUCGAUGCUGCAGGAAUUAAUGCGAUCGCACGACCGAGCUUUAUCCAAUUUGGAGAGCAUACCCGGCGGUUACAGCGCCCUGCGUCGCAUGUAUCGCGAUAUUCAGGAACCAAUGCUGGCGGCUGCAACGAUCGGUCGUAACCCUUUCUCCGCUCUGGUGGAGAACAGCAACUCGUCCAAUCAGGACAUACAGAAUCCGCAACAAGGUCAAGAGAAUCGUGACCCUUUGCCGAACCCGUGGAAUCCGAAUCAGAGUGAAACAACUAACAAUAGCGCGGGACAGCAGAAUCAGAGCAGGGGUUUGUUGGAUUCACCGGGAAUGCAGAGUCUCACCGCUCAGAUGAUGGAGAAUCCACAGCUGAUGCGAAACAUGUUAAACGCUCCUUACACGCGAUCCAUGCUGGAGGCGAUGGCAGCUGAUCCAGCGAUGGCGAACCGUGUGAUCGCUGCGAAUCCAUUCCUGCGUGGUAAUCCGCAGAUGCAGGAACAGAUGCGUGCCAUGAUGCCCGCUUUCAUACAGCAGAUGCAGAAUCCUCAGAUACAGAGUGUCGUUACCAAUCCGGACGCACUGGCCGCCAUCAUGCAGAUACAGCAGGGUAUGGAGCAGCUACGUACCGUCGCUCCUGACCUUGUGGAGAAUAUGGGUCUUACAGUCCCACCACCGGUCACCACUACGACGUCUAAUACCGGUGGCACGAACUCCAGUACACCGACCACCACCCAAUCGUCAGACACCAACCAACAGGAUGCGUUCUCCCAAUUCAUGGCACGUAUGGUCUCUGCGAUGGCAUUAAACCAAGGUGUAGAAGUCGACGGCCAACCUGUACCUCCGCCAGAAGAACGUUAUAGAGCACAGUUAGAGCAACUUACGGCUAUGGGUUUCCUUAAUAGAGAUGCUAAUUUACAAGCAUUAAUUGCCACAUUUGGAGACAUAAAUGCUGCUGUUGAGAGACUACUCUCCAAUGGGCAAGUGUCUAUGAGCUAACCACCAAUCAGCAAUACCGUUAUUCCAUUAUUAUCUUUAAUUUUCUCUUUAUUUACCUCGUGCGGCAGACGCGGUGAGAGAUUUUUGAGAUAACUGGCUGUCGAAGAAAAAAAAAUAUAAAAUUAUGCCCCCUCUUCUUCGUCCUCGUUCUAUCCGUUUCUCAGUCUUGACGCAAUACACGCUACCGACAUGUUCAAAAUUUGCAUCUUUUUUCCCCAUUUGAAUUCAGAUUUGUCUGUGUUUAGACGUUAGAGAAAACGGCAUAGAUAUUGAUAACUACGUUCCGGUUAUUCACUCUUUGAAUCUCCGUUCUCGGUUUGUCUCUGUCCCGUAUUCUCUUCGAUGUGCUCUAAAACUAAGUAGCUCUGUUGGUGUCAUUAUUCUGUGUAAAUUUCUUUAUAAAGCAGUCCUGUGCGGUAGUCGCUGCGACACAAUCAUAUUCACGGCAGUUCUUUACGGCGUAUGUCCUUGUAAUCUUUCUUAUAGAAACACAAACUGAAACCUGCAUGGAAAAUCUAGAUUGCCA